AUGUAUCUAAAUGGUGAUCUUUGGUUACCGAAUGAUUUUAUGGGUGAUCCCGUACCAUUAGCUUUAACAUUUGCUCAAUUAGCAAUAGCUAACGGAGUUAAAAUUAUUGAAGAUUGUUAUGUAGAAGAGAUUCUUACAGAAAAGCAACGUACUGGACAAUCUGAUCGUGUAACUGGUGCUGUAACAUCAAAAUGGGCACGUGAACUUGAAUUUCAAACUUCACCAAGUGUACGAUUUUCUACUCAAGUAUGUGUACGGUUUUAUAUUCAACUAUUAGCUGAUCAUAGUGUAUUAAUUGAUGGUUUUCUACGUCAAUUAAAACCUAUUUUUUCAAAUGGUGUUCCAGAUACAUUUCAUUUUUCGCUUCUACCCGAUAAUUGGGAUGAUUUUCAUUGGAUAUUAAGUAAUACUAUCAAACGAUUUCCUAUUCUAGCUGAAAGUGAAUGUGAAACAUUAAUUACUGGUGCUGAUAGUUUUACACCGGAUGGUCGAUUAAUAAUAAAUGAAUCAGCUGAAGCUACACUUGCUGGUGAUGUUGGAAAAUAUAUAGCUGAAUUAAUAUAUAAUGCAAAUACAAAUUUAAGUACAUGGCCUGCUGAUAUACGACGUUUUAUGCGUUUACACACAAAUAAACGAUUUCUUCAAGAUCGUUUACGAGAAAUACCAGGAAAACAAUAUUCAUUGAAAUAUCCAACUUAUGCAAAUCAAAGUGUUGUGGAUUUUCUUCAAAUGCUUUGUGCACUUAAUAUUGAUAAGCCAAUUGUUACUGUUGUUCAUACAGGAAUGUUAAAUGAACAAGGUGGUUAUGAAAAUGAUUGUUUUGCCAUACGUCUAGGAGAAUAUCAUUUUCUUUUGGUGAGUCCAACGUCACAAUCAACUCGCAAUAUGAUAUGGCUUAAAACACAUGUACCAGAAGAUAAUUCUAUUUUUCUUUCGGAUGUAACUUCACUUUAUACAGCAUUGAAUGUAAUUGAACCGAAAGUCAAAUAUUUAUUAUCUGAAUUAAGUGAUGAAAAUUUUAAUGAUUUUGCAAGAAUGACUUGUCAAGUAAGUCAAAUACGUUGGAGUGGUGCACCUAUUUAUCGUAAUGGUGAAUUUUGUGGAUUUAUUACUUCUGCAGCAUAUGGUUUUACACUUGGAAAACAAGUAUAG